AUGAGGAAGACUCCAGACAAAAUGAAAGAUGGAGAUGAUUCUGGAUUAGAAACAAACAGUAUUCAAAAGGGAUUCACUUUGGGAUUACACUUUUGCCUCUCGGUUAUUGAAAGGGUUUUCAUAUUUUUGUUUUUGCAAGCAAACGAAGAGCGGAGUUUUGCAGGCGAUGGAAGUCUGGCUUUAUAUAUAGAGAUUAAAGCCAAAGUAGCCACCGAGGCCUCUCCAUUUUCAUUGCUUCAGUCUCUCCAAACUAAAAACUCAUUCUCUCAGUUGCAAGGGUGGUACAACAAAUUACAAAGAAAUGACGUUUUGGCAGAGUCUGAGGAAAGUUCAGACUUCUUAGACAUGAGGCAAAAUGUUGGUUGCAUAGCACAUAUCUGUUCAAAUCUGGCAACUGUCGUAUCUCAAGAACAAAUAAGAUCGAUCGACUUUGGUCCAAUCUUGAAUCUCUGAUUGCUAGCCGGGUUCAAAUCUUCUUCAUUUGCUUCUGAGAUCAACAUCGGCUCAAACCCAGACUCCAUUACAGAUUUAUUAGUUGAGGUAAAU